AUGGCUAUGCACCCAAGACACUCUGGCUCAGCUUUCAGCCCUGUGGACAACGCCUCAUUGGUACUGGAACGGUCCCUUUACUAUGUAGGAUUUUCGGCAGGAGGUGAGUAUCUUAGCCCGAAGCUUAGCAUCACGCAAGCCGAACGUCGUAGACGAUCAGUCAUUGAGUGA